AGUAUGGACCAGUAUGGACCAGUAUGGACCAGUAUGGACCAGUGACCCCUGGGUAUGAGCCUAGUCCAUCCCAGUCCAUCCCAGUCCCUCCCAGUGCCCCCAGGGUGCUGUUCUGGGCGCAAGGAGGAGCGCUGGGAGCCCGCGGACUGCGGGCAGGUGCUGCCCUCAGCCCCGGAGCAGCAGCAGCGGCUGGCCGCGGACGCCAUGUUCCGCCUGGAGCACGGCGUGUCGGACCGGGGGGUCCUGGAGCGCGCGGCCCCCGCGCUGACGCGGCUGCAGGAGGCCCAGAGCGCCUGGAAGGACGACUUCGGCCUCAACAGCCGCCUCCGCAGGAGGUUCCGGGUCAGUGGGGCCCAAAUCCCCCGAAAACGCCCCGAAUACACCCAAAAACGCCCCAAAUACACCCAAAACCACCCCGAAUACACCCGAAAACGCCCCGAAUACACCCAAAAACACCCCAAAAUCCACCGAAAACACCCCAAAUACACCCAAAAAC